AUGAAGGACAUCGUCGACCUGUCACAUCCGAUGCAAAUGGGGAUGCAGAUCUACCCUGGGGACCCAAAAUUUAUCUGCUACCCAGCUGCAGAGCUCUCCCGUAACGGGUACAACGUCCAGCGUUUGCAGAUGGGCAGUCACACCGGCACGCACGUCGAUGUACCUUACCACUUCUUCGCCGAUGGGAAGAAGAUUGACGAGUUGCCGAUUGAGUUGUUCGUGGGGCGCGCUGCGGCGCUGGACAUGUCCUACAAGGGCGCAAAGGGGAAGAUCAACUGGGAGGAUAUGGCGAUCUUUGAGGAUCUCCUCAAGCCUGGCAAUAUUGUCCUCAUCCGCACCGGCUGGUCGCAGUACUGGGGGCAGAACGAAUACUUCGACCAUCCGUACUUGACCCGUGCUGCCGCAGUCGAGAUCCUCAAGCGCGGUGUCAAGGUCAUUGGCGUCGAUACACUGUCCCCAGACGCUACGCUCGAUGGAGCAGGCGACUUUGGGGUACAUGACGAGGUGCUUGGCUCAGGAGGUGUGAUUGUCGAGAACUUGAACAACCUCGCGGCCAUUCAAGAGGGCGAAUGGAUGGUCAGUCUUGUCCCUCUUCGAUUAGCUGGUUGCGACGGUUCUCCUGUCCGAGCAUUCGCCUGGAAACAAUAGGAGGUUCUACUCCGGGUCUUGUGCUCCCUCCGUGCCCACCGGCCUUUGUUCUGCCGUCACUCGAUUCAGUGCUAGCCAACUGCCUUGGUUGCGUUUCCAAUCCAUCUAUCGAUAAGCACCGGUCCGCAGCGGCCCCCUUAUCGUGCGACAUUGCUCAAUGACCUCUCCUGUGCACGUCGCUCCUCGCCGACACCCGUAACGGUCUCCCGGGAAUCGAACGUACAAACGGGAAGUUGUCGGUAGACCAAGUGCGUGGAUCAAUCGAGGGUCGCGCGUGGUGACCGCGGGGCGACAGGCCGGAGUCAUUGUACUGUUCGCCCCGGCCAGUCGUGUUAUGAUUGGAGCAUCGUGUACCGCCAACAUCAAAUCUCUCUUGGAUAACGACGCCAUGACUGAGCAUUUGUAUCCGACGUGGCAGUGUUUCUUUCUUCAGAGCAUAUGCUCCAGGCGGGGAAGUUAGGGAUAUGGCGGGGAACGUCGGAUCCGACAUCGGUUUGGGACGGAGCACUCUCCGUAACCUAACGACUCAUCAGUACUCUCCUUGCUGAAUGGC